ACUUUCUAAGUUUCUGAUAUGCUUCUUACAAUUUUGGCCCAAUAUUAGUUUUUUUCCUCUAGCAGUAGCUGUAACUGUAUGAACUUAAGUUUAAGAGUUAAGUCAGUAAAGAGUAACAGACCGAGAUAGCAAGACAGACACUCGAAGAUAAAGAGUUCAGGGGGAGUCAGACACAGAGUUAGAGCGAAAGGGAGAGAAAUAUACAAACUAACUGAGAUAGACUGACAAGGAGAGACACAGACAUGCAACAAAAAGUGAUAGACUAGACUUGACUAGUGUUAGAGCGACAGCGAAAGAGACGAGACGGAUAUACACAUUAAUUAACUGAACAUAACAAAACAAGGGUAAAAUGCGAUUUAAAAAUAAAAAAUUUAUUUGUGUUAAUGUUUUAAGUCCAUUUAUCGUGCUUAUGUUAAUUUGUUUUGUUUUCUUGUGGUAGGAAAUAAAAAAAAUUCAGGUCUGUCUGUUAACUUUUUCGUCGGUUUCUCGGUCAGCUGAGCGAAUCGGUCGCCAUCUUUAAAUUUUGUUUACACUAUAGCUAUCUCUCAUUGGACCUUUAAAUCACGUGACUUCAAAUGUCACGUGAUAUUAGUGACUUAGCCCCUUUUUCCAUUGUAAACAUUGGACUAUGCUUCUUUUUCCAUUGUAAACGGAUUUUUCGUUUCCAUUUUUCUUAUGGACUUAGCCAUUUUUUCUCCUUUAAACUUAAUUCAGCACCUUCUAUUUUUAACUGGCUAUAAGUCAGGGGUGAUAACUCAAAAAAAUUAAAAAUGGACUCUGCCGUUUUUUCCCUUGAGGUCUUCAAGUAUGUUCAAGAUCAUCAAGCCCCUUCCCAACCAAAAUAUAUUAAAAGAGACAUGGAUACCUUGUCACUGGGCGCCUAAACGGUACGUGUCCCUUAGGCCUUAGGCACGUGCUUGUGUCUUUUAAAUUAGUUGAUCCGACACUAUGAUUAUGAUAUUUCAAUUAUUUUUUAUGGUUACUUAUGCAAAGCCGUCGCCUGACUUUUGGGGUCCCUUCACUUUUCGGUUUCGUGCCCUCUGCAUUUAAAGUUGCUAGUUUUAGUUUUUUUAAACAUUGCAAAUUUGGGUCCAAUAAAAACCUGACCCUGGGGUUGCAAGGCCCAGUCGACGGUUCUGAUGGAUGAUCUCCAUAAGUUUCUAAAGAAAAACAAUACUAAUCUAUACUAUUACAUAAUAAUACAUACUAAUACUGACUAAUACACUACAGUAUUAAAUACCUAAGACUUCAAGAUCACUGCUUAUUUCUGAGUAAUAAAAAAGGCAUCAACACAUUUUAUUUAGGAGUCUUUUGACUUUGAAUUGGGUAUUUAAGGAACUAUCUCAACUCUUUUCUAAAAUAUAUCACAUAUAUCGGUUAAGCUGCUACCUUUAAAGUACACGUCCCAAUCAUGUACUGGGGUUUCCCGAUGCUGAACUUCUACUUUCUUUAUUGUAGGUUGAAUGUUGUUGUUUUUUGAAGGAAUAAAAUGUAACAAUGUUUUUUCAAAUUAAUAAUGCUAUCAUUAUCAUAGUAUUCUUUAGUGAAAGAGUAGUGGAUUUUUUUAUAUUCAGUUCAAGUAAAUCGAUGCGCUAAAAUGAUAUAUUUGUGGCGACCAGUAUGGAAUAAAGUAAUGAAGAUUCCGUCAGAGUACAGUAUGAGUUAAUUAUUAAUUGCAAUUCUUGAAAUAUUGGCAUUGUCAUUGUUGGGCAGUUCCACAACCUAACCUAACAGUUACAGACACAUCGCCCAAAUUAAUUAUUAAUCGGUUAUUGGGAACUUAUUGUCAUUUAUAAUUUAAAAAAAAUAGAAGUAUCUUUUAUUUUUGGUAUUAACCCAGACAGGGUUCCCAUGAAAUGUUACUAUCAUACUCAUACUCAUACUUCAUUUCAUACCCUCCACUUUAAUAUUAAUAUUACAUUGUCUUACUUAAGCCUGCCUUAAUAAAUAAUAGUAGGCCAUUGAUUUAUUGAAAUAUUAUAAUUAUAAUGGAAUAUAGGCAUAUCAAUAAUAUUAAGAUUCAUAUUAAUUAACGUACGUAAGUACGGUAACAAAAUUAAAAAGUGAGUUACAUUAUUAAUUAUAAGUUAAAUAAGUUAUGACUAUGACUGUUAUGUUUAAAAAAUAAUUUUUACUAUGCCAAGCACCUUUUAAAUAUUGUUUAAAAAUACUCGGUAUAUUAAUAUUAUAAAUUGAAAGCCUUAAUUGAUUGUUAAAAGACUUUUAAAAAAGCCAAUGGCUAAAACUAAAAAGCAGUUGCCUAAUUCAAUUACAAUUAUAGGCAAUUACAGUCUUUAUAAAUAAAGUUACGGCAUCGGAGAUAACUUUUAUUGCUGCAUUUUAUAAUAAAAAUAAUUGUUUUGCUUGACUUGUGAUCCUAUUUAUUAUAUUGAUUUUUAAAAAUAAAUUCAUUCAUAUUCUUCUUAUACUUAUAUCCUUUUAAAUAAAUUUAUGAUUAUUAUUAUAUGCCAAUGUGUUUGAAAAUAAGACACUGACUGACACGUGAUCCAAACAAUUUGGGAAGAAAUGUCUAGCCUACUGCCCUAGCCUCUAGCCCCUGCCUACCCCUAGCACAUAAUUAUCAUUAAUUAUAUGUCCACUACGCCUACGGUCACAGUAUGAUACAGCAUAGUCUACUUGCUGACAUGAUGAAUAACAAUAUGCGAUAUCAAUGUUUUAUUUUUUUUUUUCCAUUCCUUUAGUUUAAACCUUUUGUUCAUUGUUUAAGAAUUAAGAUAGACUAAGUGUUAGUAAGUGUUGUUAGGCCUACAACAACAAAAAUUGAUACAGGAAAAAAGUGGGGGCAAGGCUUAGGUACCCGGUACCAGAUCUGGAUUGGAAUAAAUGAUAGCCUCUGUAAUGAAAUAAAUUCACUAAAAAAAAUUCAUUUUAUGCUUACAUUCCCUAAAAUACUAAUAGAAUGAAUAAUAAAUGAAGGGCUGCGUUCAAGCUGUGUGAAUGACAGAAUGAACCAGACUCACUGGCAUUAAUAGGCGACGACUCCUUUAAACUCCUUACCUGACAGUUAUGAUGGAACCAUUGCAGGAGAAUGGUGAUGACACAGAAAAUGAGUAAGUUAUAUUUUGAGAAACAGCUUUCAAAGGAAUUUGAUACAUUUCUGAUUUAUAACGUUUAAAAAUGACCCUUUUUUUGUACAGUUAAGUCUAUUUAAACUCAAGAGAUCUUAUUUCUUAAAUGUAGUGACUUAAGAUUCGCAAUGAUUCUUCGUGAUAUAUCCAUAUCAGCAAAUUUUGCUGAAAGCUGGACGGGUAGCUGCAGAGUGUAAUUAUUAACUUCUUACAAUUUUUUAGCCUGAUGAGCAUUAAAGCUGUCCAACAUUUACUGUCAUUUUUAAAAAAUGUUUGGCAAGCAAAGAGAACUUUUUUUUAAAAAAAUGUAAAGCCACUUUACCUGCCAUUCAUUUUAAUUAGAAAGCACCGACCUUAGAUAUUUAAUUCUGCAGUGCUUAAUGAUCCAAAAUAAUAAGCUAUUUAACCAAGACUCCAGGAUGUUUAAAUUAGUGCCAGUAACAGCUUUGUUUUAAUCAAUCUUUGAAUAAAAAGUAAUCUUCACAUUUAAGGCACUGACAAUUUCUGUUUGCUGUGCCACUACAUGAUUGCAUUGUGCAAUUAUUUUGAAUUGAUAUGAUGAGUUGCUGUCUUUACACCGUUAUUAUAACCAAUGUAGAAUAAUGUAAAUUUAUUUAACAUUACCCUUCCUCAGGCCUGACGAUUCUAGUGACAACUUGGGCUAUUUGAUAAAUGUUGUUUAUCGACCAUUUAUUGAGGAGAAAGUCAGAGCAAAUGACAUACUUUCAAGAAUGCCCUGCCUCAGAGAUUUUGCCUCAAAAAUCUUCUCAAUCAGCAUCAGCACUCCUAAUUUAGCUAUAAAGGCUCUACUGGAUCAUUUGAAAGAUGAUGUGGAAGGUCCAGGGAAAUAUCAGGUUUAUUUCUUUGUUGUUUUGAUUAUUUGUGUAAUUUAAAUAAGUGCUCAAAAUGCUCUUCCACUAAAUAUUCACAAUUCAGGAUGUUACUAUUCCCCAUGAGCUAGUAUAAUAUUAUUAUUCAGACCUCAUCUUAGGUGUGUUGUGUAGCUUGUUGAUUCUAUUCAUUUUAUUGAAAAUAAAUAAACACAUUUAUAUCUUUAACUUUAAGUAUCUCUUAUAUAUAUUUUGCUUCUGGUAUGUCCAGCUUCCUCUUCAACACCCCCUCCCACCACUCUAUUUGUUUUAUAUUAAUAGUACUGAGUGGGAAAAAAAAGGCGUCAGCGAGGUUCAUGCAUGACGUCUGAACUCUGGUAAAUAGGUUGAUUUUUAUUCUGUGUUUUUAUUGUUCAUUUUCCUCCGCCACUCUGUGAGCUUCAUGCCUGAACUCCAGUAAAUAGGUUGCUAUACUGCAACUGUUGUUUCAUAAGUCUUCGUUAUAAAAUGAAUGACUAUCUUUUUAGUUGACAGUUUUUACCUGGUAAACGCCCAUUCCUAUCAGUGGGUUAUUUCUUGACACAAAUCGUUGGCGAAGGCAGUGCACUAUCACUACGACACUGGGCGGUUGAUUUCGUUGGGUAUCAUAGAAAAUGAGAAGUCAACUCUUUUUUUUAUGGUUACACUUGGACCCACUGGGUAUUUUCUCAAAAUACCCUGACCUGGUGUAAAAAAAUAAAUAAAUAUAAUACAUGUGUUGUUUAAAAAUUUAAAAAUUAAUUUUUCCCUUGAUUAGGAAUUUAAAGAUGCUCUAAAGGAUGCACGUUAUGAAAUCAUUUAUCAAGCUCUUGAGGGCCAGUCGGUUGGUAAUGACUCUGAACAUGUGAAGGUGAAAUUUUAAAUCUACUCUUUGCAAAAGAUACUAGUUAAUUUUCUCUUUUUUAAAAUAAUAUUAAGUUAAGUGCAGCUUAAAUUUUUUUUUUUUUAAUUUCAAAAGUAAAAACUUCAGUAAAUUUAAUUACGGUACUGUCAGUUAUGGAAUGGCCAUUUUUAAACUUUGAUUUCAAAUACUUCAAAUAUAUAUCUUACCUAUAAAGCAGGGGUCUCAAACUCAAAUGAUCCGGGGGGCCGCAGGAGGUAGAGUCUUGAGUAAGACUGGGCAGUAUCAAGUAAAAAAAAAAAAAUGCGAUUACAAAUUCAAUAAAGUACAACUAAUACAAUCUGCUCAACCUGUAUUGAUAACAAAUUAAAACAUUAAGGGUUCUCAAGAACUAGGCUUCACUUUCUUCCCCCUACCCCUAGUUGCCAGAGAUCUGGCAGCGCUUCUUACAAAGCUGAGCAACAUUUGCUUGAGUGAGGAAGCAACUGAGACUCUCAGUAUAGACCCUCAGUGAAGAUGCUCAUCAGUAAGUUUCGCCUUGAACUUUGACUUGUAAAUUUCAUAGUUGGAAAAGAGCUUUUCACACAGAUAGGUACUCCCAAAAAACCACAUGAUCCGCUUGAACAACCUGGAAAUCUCAGUGAAGGUGGAGGGCAACGCUCUCAUAAAUUGUCCAUACUUUGGACAUUGUCAUAGGCAACACUGACAAGCUACCCCUGAUCUUGUAACUUCUUGUUGAGUACAUACAGCUUCUGUGUAGUGUCAACAAGAAAAGCCAAGUCCAUAAGCCAUUUGGUAUCACGUAGUACAGGAACAACCACCCCAUCCUCCUCUAUGAAGGCUUUGAAGACUAAAACGUGUUCAAACAGUAGGCAGGAGCAGGCAAUAUUUAUGAAUUAUUGAUGCAAAGGAAGAUGCUAUUGUAGGGAGAAUGAAUUUUUAUUAAAUUUUUUAUUUAUUUUUAUCGCAGAAAAGGCCUUUUUGACUAAUCCCUAUUUUGAAAUGGAACCAAGUUGACAGGCUCGGAGUUUCCCUCAAUCGUUAACAGUAGGGGCACUUUUAAUAGGGAUUCUUUGAUACUGUGCCAGAUUGCUACGAUUUAAACAUUAUGGUUGUGCAUUACCCACUGACUUAUGAAAUUUUUCUGAAAACCACACUUUGGCCACAUUUUUCUCAUAAAAUGCUAUAAAAUAAAAACUUUUAGUCUGGUUUUGAAACGGUUUUUACCAUUAUACUCAAAAUCUAAAUCUAUAAAAACACAAUUAAAAUCAGAAUUAUACCAGUCGGUGAGAUUCGACUGAAACUUUCACAAAGGGUCACAUUAUAGAUGAGUAUGGAGAAAAAUCACGGGCCGCAUUGCACUAGACUUUGCUGUCAUGUAGCGGGCCGCAAAAUAUCAUCUUGCAGGCCGCAAAUGGCCAGCGGGCCGCGAGUUUGAGACCCCUGCUAUAAAGUCUAAAAAAAUGAAUCAAUAUAACACUUGAUUAUUGACAGCCAUUUUUUGGUCAUAUCUUUUUCAAUGCAACACUUACAGAAAAUAUUUUCCAAAUCACUUUAACUGCAUCUUUUCUAUAACUUUAUUCAUGUGAAAUUUAUAAGAUCAUAUUUUCAUAGUGAAUACUGUUAAUAAAACAAGAUAAUCACAUAGUAAGCAAUAAGAUAAUAAACAGCCUUUCCUGCUUAAUCAAAUGUAAUGAAAAUUUGUUAAAAUUUAGAGACUUUCAACUGGCUAAUGCAGGACUCUAGUUAAAUUAUUUUUACAAUACAUUUCGAUGUUUGUAGUUUCCUGGAUAUUCAUUUUGGCAUUAAAAUUAUCUGAUAGAAUUUCUUUGGUAAAAACUUGUACCACUAUCAAGUAUUUUGACAUACUUUUUUUAUUUAAAAUGUCUGUAUAAUUGUAACAAGAUAAUAAUUUGAGUAGACUAUUUCUGGUAUAAAUAAGAACUCAACCCAAAAUUCAUCUGUUUGUCACCUGUUAAAUGAUCUUCUUGGUUAUCAUUUUUUUCAUCUUUCAGAUUAUGGGCCUGUUCAGUAAUAAAAUUCAAGAAACUAUUGACGCAAACCUGUUGGCCCAGGAACUUUUUUCUGAGUCUGUUAUCAAUGAUGAGAUGCGUCAGAGAGUGCAAACCUGUUACUUAAAUAAGUCACCAUUAGAUGCUGCUUUCAUUUUACUUGACUCUAUUCAUCGCUUAAAGCAAGACUGGUUCCAUGUUUUCCUGAGGGUCCUUUAUACAAAUGGUCACAGAAAUCUUGUCAAGGUGCUUGAUGACAAAUAUUUCGAUAAGCUAGAAUGUCAGGAAGGCCACAGGGACACAGAUUUACAGGGUGAAAGUAAAAGUGAAAAUGCUUCACAAUUAGAAGAAACUAGAGGUGAUGAGGAUGAAGACCAUAGUUCUUCUCCAUCAGUAAAUAAAGAGAUUGAUAGAAAUCAGGAAAUAAAUAGAAGCUCAAUAGAUGGUUCCAGAAUUCCUGAAAGAUUAAAUUCGGCUGCUAGUACGGAAUAUUUAACUAAUGUUUCAGCCAUAGAAACUUUGACAGAAAAUACGGAGCAAUUAUUACUUUUGGUCAAAGGAAUUGAUGCAAAAAUUGAUAGGCUUGAAGGCAAAGUGGACCAUUUGUAUAAUACACUCAAUAUUCCUAGACAUUAAUUUCUAUUAGUUCAGUGGUGAAGGAGAAAUACUUAAAUAAUUGUUUCUUAGUAGUCAUGUGAUUUUGUUUUAUGCUUUCUCAAAGUGUGUUAUUUAAAUUUCUAGGGCAGUGGCUACUAAUACUAUAACAAGGACCUCACAAUAAUGGUUGUUUAUUUUCGUAACUGGACUAGAAAAACUUUUGAUAACUGUUAUACAUUAUACUAUUUUAUCAGAUUUGAUACUGGCACUAUCAAGUUAUUUUUUCUGGUAUACAAAGAGAUUAAUAUUAACCCUUUUACUUCACUCAUCUUUUUUAUUGGUUCCUUUAGCCGUCACGGCUGAAAAAAAAAAUGAACCUGAUGCCUGAAUUCUCAUAUUUGAUUCCUGUUUUUUUUAGCCAGAUUGGGAUAGAAAAAAAUAUUUUUUUCCUUCUUAAUUGUUUUAAUUUGUUCAACCGUUGCCUGCAAUUUUCUUUGUAUAUUUUAAUGUGAUAAUAUCUAUGUCAAACUGUUAAUGUGAUAUUAUCUAUUUCAAACUGUUAAUGAGAUAUUAUCUAUUACAAACUGUUAAUGAGAUAUUAUCUAUGUCAAACUGUUAAUGUGAUAUUAUCUAUGUCUUGAUAAUUUUAUAGAGAAAAAAAUGUUUUUCCUCCUAAAUUAUUUGUAAUUUGUUCAACCCUUUUGUGCAAUUGUCUUUAUAUAUUGUUAAAGGGAUAUUAUCUAUGUCUUGUUAUCCAAUGAGAUUAAUAUUAACCCUUUUACUUCAAUACAUUUUUUAUUGGUUGCUUCAGGCAUAGCCAAAGGUAUGGGGCCUAGUCACAUUCGCAGCUGAAAAAAAAUGAGCCUUAUGCCUGAAUUCUUAAAUUUGAUUCCUGUUUUUCUUAGCCAGACUACACUACAAUCGAAAAUUAAAACUAUUUCCUUGUAAAUUAUUUUUGGUUUGUUCAACCCUUGCCUGCAAUUUUCUCUGUAAACUGUUAAUGUGAUAUUACCUGUGUCUUGGUAUCCAAUGUUACUCUUGUUAGCCUUUAAAGCGCAGAAUAAAUCUUGAUUAUGUUCAUUG